GGCGUCACCCGCGCCAUGCUCACGCGCGCCGGCGUCACCGCCAGCUUCCGCCUCGUCGUGCUGCGCGGCCGCGCCUACGUCCAGCGCUUCCGCCCGGCGUUCCAGACGCGCGACCUCUUCACCAUCUGGGGCAUCCUCCAGCUGCUCCGCCGCUACCCCGGCCGCGUCCCCGACCUCGACCUCAUGUUCGACUGCGUCGACUGGCCCAUCGUCCGCACGCACCUCUACCGCGGGAAGCACGCCCCCUUCAUGCCGCCCCUGUUCCGGUACUGCGGGGAUGACAGGACCCUGGAUAUCGUCUUCCCCGAUUGGUCAUUCUGGGGCUGGCCAGAGAUUAACAUAAAACCAUGGGAUGCCCUGCAGAAAGAUUUGAAAAUUGGUAAUAGUAGGGUAACAUGGUCCGAUAGAGAACCUUAUGCUUACUGGAAAGGGAAUACAGCAGUUGCAGUGUCACGGCAGGAACUGGUUAAGUGUAAUAUCUCCAGUACGCAGGAUUGGAACGCAAGGAUUUACACUCAGGACUGGUUCAAAGAGAGCAAAGCAGGGUAUACAAACUCAAAUUUGGGCAAUCAGUGCACACACAGGUACAAGAUCUAUAUAGAAGGAUCAGCAUGGUCGAUCAGUCAGAAAUAUAUUCUAGCAUGUGAUUCAAUGACACUAUUGGUCACACCAAAAUACUAUGAUUUCUUUUCAAGGUCACUUAUGCCGAUUCAGCAUUAUUGGCCAGUUCAGGAUGACAAUAAAUGUGCCUCCAUAAAAUAUGCUGUUGAAUGGGGCAACUCUCACAAGCAAUCGGCACAGCGCAUAGGAAAAGAAGCAAGCAAUUUCAUUCAAGAAGAGGUUAAUAUGGAUCUUGUGUAUGAUUACAUGCUUCACCUUUUAACGGAAUAUGCAAAGCUUCUAAGGUUCAGGCCAACUAAGCCACCUGAAGCUGUUGAGGUCUGUCCUGAAUCCUUGAUCUGCCAAGCUGAAGGCAUUGAGAAGAAGUUUUUUACUGAAUCCAUGGUGAAGUCUGCCCAUGAUUCAGGUCCAUGUGAUCUUCCUCCUCCCUUCAGCCCACUGGAGCUCAGAAUGCUAAAACAGAGGAAAGAAAAUACAAUUAGGCAGGUUGAAAUGUGGGAGCGGAUAGCUUCGGCACCUUAAAAUGCUUUGAGCCCCCUCCUCUUCUUUUUGUUCCCAUAUACAGGUGGACAA